AUGGACUUCCACAGCCAGCUUCCCGGCCGGGACCCGCGUCCAACCCUUCAAGUCAUCACCACGUAUCCUCCCCAGUCCCAAACAUCAAACUACUCCUACCCCUUGUCAGGAACAUCUCCGGGCCGCGAGUCUGUUGGGUCCGAUAUCUCAUCUGUACCGAGCAUGGUCGAAGACCAAGGCUCUGACAUCUCUGCCGAGGAAGAAUACCAGUAUGACCACACCUCCAGGACCAGGGGGUCAUGGAACUGUUUUUGGAACAACACUCGAGCACACGAAAAGGAUCUCCAGACGACAAACACUUUAGCACGGCCCAUUAGCCACCAUGCUGGCAGAUGCACAACCCCCAGCACACCGGAAAGGAAGAGGAGCAGCAGGCCAACUUUGACAUCAUCACGGCCGGAUAGCGGCUUCGCCCAGGGGAACAACCAAUGGCCUCUGACUCCUCCAUAUACCAGUCACAGUCACCAGGUGCCUCGGACAUUCAACAAGCCCCUUCCCUCACCAACUUACUCACUCUUCCCGCCAACGCCGUCAUCUGCUGAUAGCAACUCUUCUUCGGUGCCGCCACCAGGGAGACCAUCUUUCCCCCGGCCAUGGACCUCGGACACCUUACGGCUGGAGCAAAUCCCACCACCACCACGAUCCCCAGUAGUGAUGCGCAGGAAGUCGGGCUUCGGUAGGAAAAGGAAACUGGGGGGCGAGCCGCUGGCUGUGACCGUCAGUCCACAUAACACCAAGUCGCCAACGACCUCAACAUCAGCAAGCCUGGUCUUCCGGGCAAGGCCAUCCAUCAUCCCUGUCCCCUCUUCCACAGGCAAUUUCUCGCAGCAGUUGGCUCCUACAACCUACCAGACGGAGCAGUCCUCUCUCUACCUUCAACCUCCCUACCUCACCCCAAUCGAUUUCCGCCGCCCAUCCCCCACCAAUCUGCAUCGCAAUUCCUGCAGUGGUGCCUGCCCCAGACCUCUUAGCAGCAGGGACCAGCACCAACAACAGAUAAGGACACAUCAACAACAAGAAAUAAAAGAGCGACCUCUGCCCUUUCUCCCCCUUCCCGUCCAACCACAACAACGACCUCCUCGAUCAUCACCUCCUUCGCCAGUAGUUUUCCCAGCACCUCCAACAUCACCACUGCCACCUCUGCAACCACCACCACCACCACCACCGUCGCCGCCACCACCACCUCCUCCUCCUCCUCCUCCUCCUCCUCCUCCUCCUCCUCCUGCUGCUGCUGUUGCUGUUCCUCUUCCACCUGUCGUCUCAGUUUUCGAAACCGACUCGGACGAUGAAGAGGUCGACUCAGACACUGGAUCAGACGAGCACAAUCAUUUCGGUGCUGCUGGAGGGGUUGUGGAAAGCUUCGCAAGGCGGCUUAUGAGGAGUUUAUUCGGAGCCCAAGGGCGGCACCAUUACCGUCACGACACAGAUCGUCAGACCCAAAAAAGCCAUCAUCAUCAUCAUCAGCGGAGUACUAGUGAUUAUACUCGCAGUGCGGCAACCACAACAACAACAACAACCACAACACUGUUUCACAAGGCUAUUCACCUGAGGCGACCACGGUCUGAUGGGGGCGGCAACCAGAGUCCACAGCUCGGGGCGGUGAUGGAGGAGGCUGAACACGGAUAUAGAAAGAGUUGUAGCAAUGCCAGUGAGUGCGAGACUGGGAGUAGCGCGAAGCAAAAUGUUUUGGGAAGACGCGGGAGGUUUUGGGGGAGGAAUGGUAGUCGAUCGUGA